UUCCCAUCCUUAGCAAGAAACGCCAACCCCGAGCUCUAGCUCUUGCCAGCCAUCUCAAGUCUUGCUCUCUCUUAAAGAGACAGCAAGACGCCCGUCGUCUUUUCUUGUUACAGCAUCUGUCAAGAGGCAUUUUGCUUUGAAUCCCUCUACUACGCACACUUGUUGAUUUGAUUUGCCUGACUGUUGCCCGCUCUGCCGGCCGUCAACUUUUCAGACCAUCAUGUCCUUUGCAGAAGACGGCCACAACGCCGUCCCUGGCAGCGUCCAAGCCAACAAGCUUGGCGGCGCAAGGAAAGGUGCCGAACCGGGUCAGAAUGCCGCGAAGAGGUUACAAACAGAGCUUAUGCAGCUCAUGACAUCGCCCGCGCCAGGGGUGUCGGCCUUUCCUUCUGCCGACGGCAAUCUGCUCUCCUGGAGGGCUACUAUUGAGGGUCCCGACGACACGCCCUACUCCGGGCUCACGUUCAAGCUCAGCUUUGAGUUUCCGUCCAACUACCCGUAUGCACCGCCCACUGUGCUCUUCCGGACGCCCAUCUACCACCCCAAUGUCGACUUCUCGGGACGCAUCUGCCUCGACAUUUUGAAGGACAAGUGGACCGCCGCAUACAACAUCCAGACCGUGUUGCUGAGUCUGCAGUCUCUGCUGGGAGAGCCAAACAAUGCUUCUCCGCUGAACGGCGAGGCUGCUGAGCUGUGGGACAAGGACCCAGCCCUGUUCAAGACCAAGGUUAUGGACCGCCACAAGGAUGUCGAGGACGAUUGAAAAUAGGUUAAUUGGGUCAUGGGGCUUGGCUUUUUUUAUUUUUUUUCGGGUUGUCAUGGGAGAAUGGAGUUUUCUUUUCAGGGCAUUGCGCCCCACGGAGUAUCGGUCCCUGGGUUAGGAGGGUUUGCGUUGCCAGGGCGGAUUUGGUUCAUGGAUAUCCCUUCGUUGUCUGCUACUGGCGCAGGCUGAAGUACAUCAAGCAUUGGCUUUGAAAUGGACAUUUGGUUGUCCAUGAGCGAGAUAAUCCCAGCGCAUCCACUCUGGUAGUUUUCCGACCGAACCCCCCUCUGUCCAGCCCCGCUGUGCCUUGACCGUUCUUUGACGUGGUUGUGGUAUCGAAGGUGUGCCGUACUUUACGAACCCGUGUAUUCGUAAAAGGAAGCUAGAUGCCAUGCGAGAACUCCGGAGAAGCCCAAUGCCGCCAUGAAACUGAACCACGGCCCAAUCUCGAUCCCCCCCGGGUUUUGUCGUCAUCCCUUACUCCUCGACAACAACCGUGUGCAGACCCUUGGGGUUCUUGACGUUGACGGCCUGCACGUAGCUGUAGAGCUUCUCCUUGGCGCCCUCCUCGUCGUUACGCCUCCGGGAGAUGCGGACGCGGAGCCUGUAACCAACACCCUUGAUGCCUUGCUCCCAGACCUUCUUGUUCAGCUGGGGGUCCAGACGGACGUCCGAGGUGCCCUAAUGCCAUCACUGUCAGCCUCAUGCCCACCCUUCUGCCACUCCACCGACCGGAUCGAAACUUGGAUAGCUUCAUCUCAAGGUUCGAAUUCGUCGG